AUGUUGAUGGAGUGGCUUCGAGGGAAGUCUGAGGACGUGCCCGCCGCAACGGAAAAGCCAGCAAGGAGGAAGACGUUAGAUGUGGACCCUGAGGCACCACUCGAGCCUUCGCCUGCAGAGGACGUCUCGCGACGCGAGGAAAUGUUUCGAAGGAAGUUGGCCGCUAGCGCCAAGGAAGGCCCAAUGUCCCCGUCUAAAUUGGUCAGCUAUGAAUCCAUGUUUCGUGGGGCGCAGCGACUUCUCAUGGAGGGAAACUUUGGAGAAAUCAACGAGGGGCUUUCACUCAAUUUGUCUCGUAACGCACAAAACGUGAUGAUUUCCUCGAAGUGUGUCCUUGUUUCCCCACAAAUGUCGCACUGGGAAGUGGGGUUUCAAAUGAACGGCUUUUCCGACAUUGUAGCGGCUUCCUACAACACACUGAGUCGUUGGAGUCUGAUGUACCAGCGUGUGAGCAGCACGGGUGCACUGCUCCUCGCCCAGUGCAUGGCUCAGAAGCAACAGGGCAUGACGCAGGGCACAGUGGUUGGCAUGCUUCAGUAUCCAUGGGUGUACGGCGGUUGCAGCGUGGCUCAGUACGUUAAGAAUCAAUCGUUUACGUUGAGCCACACUCAACGAGUCGUGCGGGGCGUGCAUGUGGGAUCCAGUUUGUCAUGGGAUCCCAUGACGAAGGGGACCUCGCUUUCUCACGGGUUUACGGCCGUAAACCCAUCAAAGAAGGGAUCCUUGUCCGGGGAGUGGACUCCGAGUAAGGGCGAAUGGAAGCUGGCGCUCACAAGAAAAGACUGGGCCCAUGAUGCUGAGUUUGCGAUGCAGCUUGACCACGCUCAAAAAGAAGAGGGUAUGCUAAGCCAGUUAAGCUUUGGUCUGCGUAAACAAUUUAUCGGUGGUGGUUCAGUGAGUGCUGUGCUUAGCGGGUUCUCCGUAGUAAAGGCAGCCGUGGAGCUGCCCUAUGGCGGGGAACGCAGUGGGCUGAAUCAGGUUAACUGCGUGUACAACGCCCAGUACAACAUCCGCUCCGGUGCGCUGAAGCACGGGCUUGUCUUCACGGCGUAG